AUGGCUGCUCUACCGGGCGCUGUUGAUAAAGCAUAUAUUGUAGAGUCUGCGUCUAGCAUGAAACGCGAGGUUAGCGUCGAGGAGAAGCUUCUAACAUGUCUUGGAGUCCUCCGCAAAAUCGCCGAUGCGGAAUUUCGGACAUGGCGUGGGAAGGGCAAAUUCGGCAGUCCAGCCGCUCUGAAUAAAUGCCGUGAUGCGCGCGGCGGGGUCCAACGCAGGACUCGAGACUUGAAGGCUCGCAUGCGCAAUUAA